AUGGAGGAAAGUGAGGAAGAUGAUCGUUGUUCAAGACCACGUGGAGUUAACGUAAUACAUUUAGUGAAAGAACGAGUGAGACAAAUUGCUGAGUUAAUUCAGGCCGUCGACAAUCGUGUGCUGAUAUCGGGAGAGGUGACCAAAGGACCGCGUACAGCAGUGCAACGUUUGCCGCGUCAUAUGCGUCGUCGUGCAAUGUCCUAUAACAUCAAACGUUUCCCACGCAUGCAACGUCGUUUUGCAAUUUCAGCAGUUGCAGCUUCGAAACAUCGUCAAAAACCACCUAGUCGUUUUUGGAGAAGGCGACCAAGAAACUUACUUUUGAAUUAUAUCAGACGCCAACGAAAGCAUGUAUGGCUUGAAACACAUAUAUGGCAUGCAAAACGUUUUCGAAUGAUUCAAAAAUGGGGCUACAAUUUACCGUUCUGCAGUUACCAACGGGCUUUUCGACCGUCGCAUCGUGACGCAAUGAGGCAUUGUGUUGUUCGAGACGUUAGCUUCUUGCAUUGUUUUCAGAUAAUUGGAACUAGUCAAGCAGCAAUAAUUGAGCUGUUGCGUAAUAUUUGUGCACCCGAAGCUGGUGCAACAUUUGCCUUCAAAACUGCCUUAGAUGGUCAUUUUGAAAUGCCAGUUAUGUUGUAUGAACCAAGCGAGUAUCCGCGUGGUUUUAUUUCACCUGCUAGAUUUUUAUGGAGUAGGCACAGGACUGAUGAAAAAUACACGUUGGUUAUCUGGACACAUCCGUCUUCCAGUAAAAAUGUAUUAUCGAAAUUUAAGGAUCUGCUAAAAUUGGAAAAGCAGGACCAAGCAGUAGAUUUUGUAGAAAUAGAUAAAGUACCACGCAGUAUCGAUGAAUGGAGGCUACGUAAUUUGCAGAUAAAGACGGAUGUCUACGUAAAUGGUGAAGGUCUAAAACUAUUGGAUUUAAGUGAUCAGCUGGUUCGGUUCAGAUUAUAUGGUCCUAAAUCAUUUGAAAUACUACGCGAAGUUCUUGCGGUUGUCGAAGAAAAUGAUCUUCAGGAUUCAUGGAUGAAAGAAUUCGUAUCAAGUAACCAGUACUGGAGAAAUGAAUGCAGCAAGCAUACUCCCGGUGAAUUUCCCGAUGGCACUGUUUUCAGUUUACUUGUGGAAGAUCCUAGAUUAAGUCGACCGUUGAGGAAGAUGAAGCCAACUGAAACUGAUGGGUGUUCAGCAAAAUCGUUAAGCGUAGACAGUUUGCCACUUCCACCAAACGACUUUUGGAAUGCUGAAAUCCGAAAAAAGGUUCUUGAAAAGAAACUAACGGAAACGGAUUUGCAAAAGAAGCGGAAUACGCAGCUGCAGCCAGUGAAAACAUCUGAAGCUAAGAUACCGAUAAUCUUAGUAGUUCGAAAUACGGGUACAGGGACAACAAGUCCUUUCACUGGUUUGGAUCUCAUAACACCAUCCGGCUUUGGCUUGGAAUUUUGGCUUGCUCUGCAGUAUGGUACUGCAAGGAGUGUUGGAUUGAAGGAUCAGAAAUUCCUAGAACUGGAAUCAAGCCGUUUUAAUUUCCCUGCUGAUGUACCAGAUUGUGAUGCUGGUCUUAACGAAUUCAAAGAAGAGUACAUUAACCUUCAGGAAAAGUAUAUACGACGGCCACACAAUCGCCGAGUGAAGUAUUGGAGCAACUUGUCAAUCAAAUAUCCUUUCACAUUUCAGUUCUCUGAGUUAUCUCACGACUGGCUCGAGAAUUCAGGCUCUAAGGGUACUGCAUAUGUUAUACGUGAUCAUCGAACACUGAUGUCUAUUGAGAAAUGGUUGGUCGGGAGAGGACCAAUGCCGAAAGAAUCCAUUAUGAAUUCUGCAGCAUUAGUACCUGUAUCUCUUAUAUCAACAACACAAGGUCGCCCACAACGAUUUGCGUUGAUAUGUGCACCAAUCGAUGAGGAUUUUCUAACUGUGGCAAAACUACCGAAAGGGGACAAUGCUAUAAAAAUCAUUGAACAUCCGCGGACAAGUACCUUGAAACCAAUUUUUGGUAAUAAGGAAGAUGAAGAAGAUCAAAGGAAUGAAGUAGGACUAGAAGAUUUUAUUUCGUUGGAUGUUACAGCAAGUGAAAAACACAUAUCGUUAAGCUCACUUUUUCCUGACAAAGAAAUGCUACGGAAGCAAAAAAUUAAGAGGAAAAAGAAAGAGAAAAGAGAAAAAGCGAAAGCAGCCAAACGAUUGAGAAAAAAUCCGGAAAAUAAUCAGGGGACUUCCACUUCUAAACAGCUAACAAGUGGUACGGAAGAAUUGGAAAAGGAAGAAAUGGAAUUCAUAAAAUACAAUAGCAGCUGCUCCAGGCCUAUUAUUGGCAGGAUUGUACGCGGUGAUUAUUCAUUCGUACAUGGGAGAGGCUUUGCUAUCGGGUAUUGUUGUUUACCGGCUUUGAAACAACUUUAUCAUGGUGUUGUAUUAUUCCGGAAUAUUACAUCCAGAUGCUAUCAUCCGGCUCGAAUCACCCUUAUUAAAAAUCAACUGGACUUGUAA